CGUCUUAAUUCCGCUCUUCUUUCCAGGUCUAAUUUGGGAGUAGGUUACGCUGGAUUCAACGCUUGUAGUUGUGUGUUUACCCGUUUAUCAGCCAGAAUCACCUCCAUUGGCCGAUUUGGUCACAUGGUUCGCUAACUUUAUUCAGUUGACACGAAAGUAGGAGGGCUUUAUGGAGGGAGGAAAAAAAGACAACUCGAGAAAAAUUAGUAUUUUCUACCUUCAGAAAUUAAUGGCCAUGAGUUCGUAUAUGGUGAACUCAAAGUAUGUGGAUCCGAAAUUUCCUCCAUGUGAGGAAUAUUCCCAAAAUAACUAUAUACCUGAGCAGGGCGCGGAGUACUACAGCCCAGCGCAGGACACUGACUUUGAGCAUCCAGGGAUCUACCCACGGUCCAACUUCACGGAGCAGUCCUUCGGCUGCAACACGGUUCAAGAGCCCACGGUGCCGCCACGGGGUCAUGUACACGACAGGACGCAGAGCCACUCGGAUUCCUUCAGCACGCACGGGGAACAGGGGCCCACGGUUCAAGCGACCGGAGACAGGACGUGUGGCCAGCAACAGAACACAAAGAGCCACAACGGGCAGCAGGGCAAGCAGCCAGCAGUGGUUUACCCCUGGAUGAAGAAAGUGCAUGUAACGACUGUGAACCCAGAUUACACGGGGUCCGAGCCUAAACGGUCCAGAACAGCAUACACGCGGCAGCAGGUCUUGGAGCUAGAGAAAGAGUUCCACUUUAAUAGGUACCUGACCCGGCGGCGGCGGAUCGAGAUCGCGCAUACACUUUGUCUAUCAGAGAGACAAAUCAAAAUCUGGUUCCAGAACCGACGCAUGAAAUGGAAGAAGGACCACAAACUCCCCAACACCAAGGGCAGAUCUGCCCCUGCAGUAGGCAGCCAUCUGCACAAGGAGCCCCACACGGACAUCACCACGUUAUAAGAGAUACACAGGAGUGGACUGUGCGGAAAACACAAGGCUGCAUUCUGACCUCUGCAUGGAACUGCUAUGAUUUUUAUUUUUUAUUUUUAUUUUAUUUUUUUCAGAUUUAUUUAAAACAACCUAAGCAGUAUUUCUGACUUUCAUCUUGCUAAAGAAACAAUCAGUAAAGUUUCAAAUACAUCAGCACAAAGGCAUAAAACUCUCUUUUACACCAUUUAAAUCAACAUCUCCGCUCUUUGUAUGGACUAAAAUCUUUCUUCUCACGUGGAUUUACGUUGGUAUGAACCUCCAAUGGUCUUUUAGGCAAAAAGCUGACACCAUUCAUAUAAUUACGCACACAUGAUAAAAACUGUUUUUUUUUUCACUUCCAAACACAAUGCACAAAAUGCCUGAAUCUAUACUUGAACGAAUUUACAUGUAGAGCACGCCAAACCGUUUGAAUUGUUUGAGAUGCUAGGCCUAUAGAAUGCUAUAGAAUAGGUAACUUUCUUUGUUUGUCUUAACUUAUUUUAUAAAAAGGCUUUGGCUUUCUCUUAGCCUAAAUGUGAUCAAGGCUAAAUCCAGACAUUCCUGUGUGCAAACUAUUCCGAGUGCCCUUAUAAAUCUCUCCUGACACCUUUGUAAACAAUGUACAUUUUCAGAGCUUCUCUCGUGCCAACUGAAACUCUUUUUAAAAGAUCUUUUGUUAUUUGCAUGGCAUAAAAAUUGAUAAUGGAUGUUUCUCAUCGGAAAGAAUGAAACAGAGUAUUUAGGAGCAUAAUUAUUUUUUUCUUUACAUGAGUUAUUAUUUAUUUGUUUAAAAUUUGUACAUUUUACUAUAGCAAACAUACAAUUUUAAAUAAAAGUAUUCGUUGAACUGUUUAUGAAUUGGUGUGCGUUUAUAGCAUGCUAUACAUUUUAAGUUGAUGUGAGAAUGUGGGCCGGGGGUUGACAGAACUCGUUUCCUACCAUCUUUAUGUUUUGGCCAAAAAAAAAGUGUGCAAGCAGCUCUCAGAGCCUUUUUGUAUCUUGGAGACAAGGUAUUUCGAGCCAAAGGUGGACAAAGCAGCGCGGCCAGGUUCAUCCAGAGGCCACGCAUGAGCCGCAAGGACUGACCUCCAGCCCCUGACCCGCGGACAGCGCAUAACUGCUACAGUUUUUAAGCAUGUCGCAGAAUGGACAGAGAUUAUAGGCAGCAAUCGUUACAAUUGUGCGCAUUUGCGAAAAGCGGCCAAAAAAGUCGUGGCGUGCGCAAAUGCGUGUGCACCUUAGAUCCAUUUUUAUUUCUGU